AUGGAUUCCCACACGAAAGUUCGUAUAAGCAGACAUAGAACGUAUAACACAGCUAGGACCGACACGACAUACAAAAGGACCAGAAAUGAAGAGACCAUAAUCCUAAAACCCACUGAAGGGAAAACGUACGUAGACAUCAUUAAAAGCAUGAAAAAAGAAGUUGACACCAAAGGGGUCAUCGUAGAAAAAAUACCAAGCAAAGGCGAAGUUCAAGUUACGAAAAAUUGCAACGAGGAGAAAACAAGACAGCAUUUCAAAGAACUUCUCAAAAACAAAAUGGAGACUCUAGCAAAGGUAGGCACACGGCAGAAAAGGCGAACCGUAAUGAUCCUAGACAUAGACGAAACAACGCAGGAGAAUGACGUCAAGCAAGUCAUAGACACGUAA